GUAUUGUGCAUUACGUAGCAACAAAAUAGUGAAAGAUGGUGGCGUCGUCGUCCUCAUCCCAGCCUUUGAGCUUCCCUCGCACCUUUCUAGCGAGCGCAAUAGCGGCAUGCACUGCCGAGGCGCUUACCCUGCCGCUGGACACGGCCAAGGUGCGCCUGCAGCUGCAGGCCGGGGGCAACAAGUACAAGGGUAUGCUUGGCACGGUUGCGACGAUCGCCCGCGAGGAGGGUCCUGCAUCUCUGUGGAAGGGCAUUGAGCCCGGCCUGCAUCGGCAAUGUUUGUUCGGCGGUCUGCGCAUCGGCCUUUACGAGCCGGUUCGCAACCUGUACGUGGGCAAGGACUUCAAGGGCGACCCGCCCCUGCACCUCAAGAUCGCGGCGGGCCUCACCACCGGCGCCCUGGGCAUCAGCGUUGCCAGUCCCACCGACCUGGUGAAGGUACGCAUGCAAUCGGAGGGCAAGCUGGCUCCCGGUGUGGCCAAGAAGUACCCCAGCGCCAUCGCCGCCUACGGCAUCAUCGCGCGGGAGGAGGGCAUCCUGGGCCUGUGGAAGGGUCUGGGCCCCAACAUCGCGCGUAACGCCAUCAUCAACGCGGCCGAGCUGGCCAGCUACGACCAGAUCAAGCAGUCGCUACUGGGCAUUGGCAUGAAGGACAACGUGGGCACGCACCUGGCGGCGGGCUUGGGCGCCGGCUUCGUCGCGGUAUGCAUUGGCUCGCCCGUGGAUGUGGUCAAGUCGCGCGUCAUGGGCGACCGGGAGGGCAAGUUCAAGGGCGUACUUGACUGCUUCGUCAAGACCGCGCGCAACGAGGGCCCGCUGGCCUUCUAUAAGGGCUUCAUUCCCAACUUCGGCCGCCUGGGUUCGUGGAACGUGGCCAUGUUCCUCACGCUUGAGCAGGUCAAGAAGCUGCUCACGCCCGCGCCCAGCCACUAAGCAAAGCAUGGCAGACCACUGCUGGUGCGGUGUACCGAGGAGUUCGAUGGGGGCUUAUUGAUAGAUGCGCAAGGUUAUGGCCCGUGUGCAAAAGGGCAGUUCCUGGGUGAGCCUCUGUCAAACGGCGCUGCAUGACGCUGCAUUGUUUGACGUGGACAGACUCACCAGAAGGCUCAGCAAUGGUUCCGGCGGCUUGAAACUUGGGCUUGGUUACAUGUUACCGGGGGAUCCUGGACGACUGCGUAUCCCCGUGCAUUCAUGGUCAUCGUGGGGACAGAUAGGCCGUGUGCGGUCCGGUCCGGUCCAGGGGACGUCUGGCCCGGUGCUGGAAGUGCCUUUGUGUUUGUUAUCUGAGUUGUAAAACUCUCCUUGUUUGUAUUGUUUUCGAGUGAUUGGGGCUGAAGCCGAUUGGUCGCAAGUGUAUGCGGCACACCGACGCUGCCGGGCGGCCUGGCCUUGCAAGGAAAGGUGGCGAAUCUGCGAGCUGGAUUGGCUGGGUGGCUGACUAUCAUGGACUGGGUGGACGGGUGCGAUGCGCGAAACGGGCAGCAGCCAUAUGGACAUGGUGGGUGCUGUGAACUGUAAUCCAUACUUGAA